GUCUAGUCAGCAUGUUAGGUUGGAGCUUGCCCAAUACACAAGUUACGGGCCAGGGUUUGGUUUGUUGUUGCAAAAGAAAAACCUUCUUAAAGAAACAGUAAUAAAGAGGUCACGAGAAUAUUUCAGUGAAAGUGUCGCAUGAGGUAGGUCAUGGUGACUAAAUGCUCGAUCUGACCUGUCUUUAAUGUCCGCUUGAUUCAAGUAAAUCAUUUUCGUUGUUAGCUAGGGAGCCAAGUAAAUCAUUUUCGUUGUUAGCUAGGGAGCCAGUCAGGCAAGUUAGCUUGCGUGCUAGCUAACGUUAGCUAGCUUGCACCGUUUGAAUUUGGACGAUGUAACGUUAGCUAGCUUGCAUCGUUUGAAUUUGGACAACUUAACGUUAGCUAGAAAGAUAGCUAGUUUGUUUUACACCUAACGUUAUGGACUAUUCUUAAUACUGAACGUAUGUACUGUAACGUUAUGCUAGUUAAAUAACGAUCUAGUUAGUUAGCUAACGUUAGUUAUUCUAUGUAACGAUGUGAUUACCAUGUUUGGUUUUGUAUGUGUCAGCUAACUACUGUAGCUAGUAGUUAGCUAACGUUAGCGUUUCAGUGUUGUCUGCCGAAGAAGGUCAUAAGUCCUGAGGUUCCUAGAGUUGAGGCAAAGCAACGUUUCAACCAUGACUGGCUAACAGUAACAACAGAUGGCUGGCUAACUAGCGAGAUACAUUAAAUUCAGAAAUGUUUAUUUGAUAACAUUACCUGAUAAGGUAGCUAACUAAUUGGCUAUUCAAUAUAAUAAUGUCACCAAGAAAGCCAGUGAACAAGCCAUUUACAGACCCUAAGUCACUCAUAUUUGAUCUAGGCCUACAUGAAGUGUCCACAUACGCAAAUGUAGGGCCUAUGGGCUUCCAUAUGGGUUUUGUUAGCUGGAAAGUGUUAGUAACUAGCUAAUACUAAUAGUUAGGUCUGUACUAACCGUAUCAGAAAGUUGUGUGAAUAAAUAGUGCCCUAAGUAAAGGCCAUUUAACAUGGUAUGAGACGCUUGGCAAAGUGAACCUGUUGCCUAAAUAUUUUCCUGUGUGAUGUGACUGAUGUACACACAGGUCGCUUGGUGUGCCUCACUGAUGUGAAUAAAUAUAGGCUGUAUAUCAUGACAUGCACCUUUUAUCAUGACAUGCUCCUUUUAACGUAAUGAGACUUGGAGCAAAGUGACCCUGCUGCUCUCUCUAACAGUUUUCCUGUGUGGUGUUGCUGGGUGUGCCCCUCCCUGCCAUGAGAGCUGACCAGGUCCCCAGCCACCCCUCCUUCUGCAGUUGAUGGAUCUGCAGCUGGUCUGGAGAUGACAGACAGCAUCAGGGCCUUCCUCCGCAAUGUUGCGACGGUCAGACAGCAACACAACACACCACACCCUGUCUGUCCACACACAAGUGAUAGGCCAACACAUAGGGUUAAAGGAGGGUACAGCUAUGGCACUGAAUCAUGAGGCUGUGUACCAACUACCAAGCUCUGUUUAGAUCUAUUGGGAACUAUGUUUUCUAGUUCAAUUGAAGCCAUCCACUUAGCCCAUUUAACAUUGUGCCUAGUUAAUUAGUUUAUUUUUACACAAGACAAGUGAAAUGUUUUAAUAAAGUUUACGUUUUUUCUUGUUUGCUCUAGUCUAGAGCAAAAGUUGCUUUGGGGCAAAAUCAUAGUUGCCUACAUUUAGAGGCUUAACCAUAUGUUUACCCUUAUCUUGUGUUGUGUACCUCGAACCUUAUCACCUUGCUUCCAGGUGGCAAGUGAUCCCAUCCACAAAAGCAGAACAAAGAUUAGCCUUGUUUUUUUGGUUUAGUUUACGUUUUAUUUCAACUGUGCUACUAGGUAACCAAGUGCAUUAAAGCACAUGAUACAUUACUUAAAUGGUAUUAGGAUGCAUUUCGUAUUUAAAGCACUGCUUUUGAAGUUUUCAACCCACCAAGUCUAACAUAGUGUUGCGUACAACAUUAGAAGAAUGUGCUGUGUUGAUUUCCUUUAUAAGUCAUUUAACCCAGUCUGUGCGUAUUUUCUAUGUGUCCUACAGGGGAUUAAGGACUCCAUUUUGGGGAUUGGAACAAUCUCCAAGCUGGAUGCCCGCAUCCAGCAGAAAAGGGAGGAGCAGCGGCGGAGGAGAGCCAGCGGGGCCCUGGCUCAGAGACGGGCCCAGAGUGAGGAACGCAAACAGGAGAGGUAGGACUGUAAUACCCUAUUCACACUGCCAAGCUGGGCUGGCCUGUUUACGGAUCCACCACCGUUUCUCGAACUGUGAAAGUGUGAUGGGAAAAGAACAUGUCAGAGCCAGCACACUUCUGUUCGGGUUGGCACUAUAUUGUGGGUAUAAGAAAGGGUAUACGUGUUACUUGAUACAUAUCAUGAAAGGCUACUGAUUAAUAGAGACACUGAUAUUUUGGCUUCUUUUUUACAUUUCUCCCUAUCUAACCUGAUAUGCUAUUUCUAGUUGUGAAAGGUUCAUAUUAGGGGCGCAAUUCAAUCCGUAUCGCAGAAGUUCAACGCUAUUGCGCGAUUGAUAUCCAAUUGAGCCGAUCUAUGCAGUGUUUUCUGUGAAUGCAGUCUCCGCUAACAUGUGAACUUUGCCUUUAAAUUUCAGUCGCGCUAUAGCGCUGAGCUUUCGUGAUACGGAUUGAAUUGAGCCCUAAGAGUUAUGAGUAAAUAUGGAUCCUUGUAUGCUGUCUAGUGUCCACAGUAGGCCAAGACCUAUACAUUUUUGUGCCUAUUAAUGACGAUGGUGGGUGACAAUUUGUCAUACUCUCUCUUUCAGUGAACCCAAAUUAGCCAGUAGGAUUUUUCAGUGCUGUGCCUGGAAUGGGGGAGUGUUCUGGGUAAAAAAACAAACACUUUUCUAUAUUUUAAAACCAUUUGAAAAAUGUAUAUCAUGCAAAUACUGUAUUUGUAUGAGAGGGGCAAAUACUGUAUGUAAUACUACAUAGAUGUUGUUCGUGUUAGUAAUCCCCCCUCCGAUUCCCUUUGCAGCUCAGUCUGUUCCUCUUCUACCGGGUGUUUAUUCCACUACUGCAGACUCUGACAGCAAUAAUCAUUGGUAUGUGUGCCUGCCAGGAACAGUGGGGCGGGUUUACUCCAUUAUCACAUGCUUCAUAGUGAUUUGUUAAGAACAGUGGUAAAAUGUGUCACUCAAAGAGCCAUUUCCUGCCAGGUGACCCUUCUCUCCAUGGCAACGUGUGGUCCUGGCUGGAGUUCAUAUUGACCUCAGUGUUCAGUGCUCUCUGGGUGCUCCCUCUGUUUGUGCUCAGCAAGAUAGUCAACGCCAUCUGGUUCCAGGUGAGGCCUCUGUUAGUUAGGACACAGAUGAUGAUAAAGAUGUUUUGUGGUUGAUGUAACAAGGGUGGGAGAUAGAUGGUCAAGGAGAACUGUUGCACAGUUGGCACUGGAGAGCACUAGUCGUGUAUACUUUUAUUGAAAAGUCUAAACGGAAUCCUUGGGAUGUCUCAACUCUGAUGUCACCUGAUUGAAAUGGAAUACUGUUAGGGUUAGGUAAGAGUUAGGGUAGGGUUUAAGUUUAGCUUUAGGGAUGUCCCAAUGAUCUCGGAUAGUAGGGCUGCACGAUAUGGGCAAAUAACCUAAUAGCGUUUUUUUAACCAAUUAUUGCAAUUUUACAAAACACUUGGGUGAGCUGUUGGAAUCAUAGAAAUCAAAAUAGUAUUUGGAUUCUAUGGUUGGUGGUGUUUGGAAUGACAACUAAUGAAAAAGCCAGAUACAGUAGAAGUUGUUGUGACAGGGUAGAAACCUAAGUGUUGGUCAGAGUUUCCCAGGGGACCCUUAUUACAUUUGAAUAAAUGGCGUUUAAAAAAAGAUUGCAGCCUCUUGCAAUAUGAAUAUUGUACAUGUCAAUAUUGCAAUUUAGAUUAAUAUUUGAUUAAUUGUGCAGCCCUACAGGAUAGCACUAACCAUAACUUUAUCAUAAGCCAAUUUAAUGAAUAAUGGGAAAGGGGGAUACCUAGUCAGUUGCACAACUGAAUGCAUUCAACCGAAUUACGUCACUGUUGACAAUAUAGUUUCCAGCAAUGCUCAGGGGAUAGCGUAGUGGCUUUGAUACAGUUGAAUGUCUCACAGCAGUUAGGAAUUUCCCAUGUGUUAUUGCUAUGCUAUCUAUAUUCUCUUCCAGUCUUAAAUAUUAUUGCCUGAGGAUCUUGUGAGACGUUAACAUGUGUCACACAGUAAAACAGGAGGUUAACGCGCUCUCUGGUUGUCUGCUGUAGGACAUAGCUGACCUGGCGUUCGAGGUGUCUGGUCGGAAAGCCCAGCCCUUCCCCAGCGUCAGUAAGAUCAUCGCUGACAUGAUCUUCAACCUCCUCCUCCAGGCUCUCUUCCUCAUUCAGGUAGUACAGCAAUUGACAUUCCCAUGUGUCUUCAAAUUCAUGAAGAAGACUCACUAUCAAUCAUGAUCUCACUAUCUAUCAAGAGGGUUCACUAAGGUUAUGUUGGAAUGAAAACCUACAGGGGUCUUUGGGUUCAACACAGAGCUGUGAUCCAUUACCUUCAAUGGUUCAAGUUAGUAAUCAACAUAUUACCUCAUCUUGUCUUUGUUGUGGUCCUUCUAGGGUAUGGUUGUGAGUCUCUUCCCCAUUGAUGCUAUUGGACAGAUGGUCAGCCUUCUCCACAUGUCUCUGCUCUACUCCCUCUACUGCUUUGAGUAUCGCUGGUUCAACCAUGGUGAGCCUCCUUUCUACUUAUUAUACUAAUUUUAGGUAAUAGGAACUAAGCAAAAUCUCAACCCAUUUGUAACCAUUUCAUCCAAGGCAUUGAGAUGCACCAACGGCUGUCCAACAUUGAGAGGAACUGGCCCUACUACUUUGGCUUUGGUCUCCCCAUGGCUCUGUUGACUGCCCUCCCCUCUUCAUAUAUAAUCAGGUAACGUCACUAGUGUCUCCUCUCUUUCGAUCCAUGCAUGAGGACACUUCCAAUAUGCAGACUUUCAGUCCUACUGAUAUCCCAAAUCAUUCUAAUGAUCGAUUAAAAUCAUAUUAUUUUUUUCUGCUCUAGUGGCUGUCUGUUUUCCAUCCUCUUCCCUCUGUUCAUCAUCAGUGCUAACGAGGCCAAGACCCCAACAAAGCUAUAGUGAGUAUAGUGCACUGCACGCACUAAUAAUUACCAGUGAUCAAACAGAUUCACUUGUGUGAAAAGAACCAGUGGAAUCUUCUUCCCUGCUCACUCACUCUUUUCUACCCCCCUGUGUCUUUUCCACACACAGCCACUUCCAGCUGCGCCUCUUCUCUCUGGUUGUGCUGAUUAGCAACAAGUUGUUCCACAAGACAGUCCACCUGCAGUCAUCCCUGAACGCGUCCAUCUCCGCCGAGAAGCUGCCUACCUCUCCCCACGCCUCUCCUGCCCGCCAGAGACCCCUGCCCUCCCAGUGAUUGCCACCAGGGGGCGACAAGGGAGCAGCUCUGCUCAGUAAACCAAUGGAGCAGUUGAUUCUGUCUGUGGAAGGAUCUCUCUUAUCAGGACAGGAGGAGGAUGUUUGGUUAAAGGGGGGUUUUAAUGUGAUUUUAACAAUUUUACUACGGCCCUUUUCAUAUUAUUUUGGAGCACCGGUCAGGUGUUUUUAAAAAUGUGAAUGACGUAUAAGGAGAUUUGACUGCCAUGUGCCUCACACUCAAACACACAUGAUUCUUGUAGCUUAUUCUCAUUAAAAUGUUUUCUUUAAUUGUUUUUUAUGUAUGAUGUGCCAUUUGAGUGCUUUACAUACAGCACAAGCAGUCAUAUACAUUGUUUUUCUUCAUAAUUUUUUUUUUCUGCUCUUCGAUUCCAACUCCAAUGUUUGCCAUCAUUUGCUUGUUUAAUCUGUUUAUCACCCAGUGACUGAUCCCAGACUGCUUUGUAUAAAACACUUGAUGUGGAAGAGAAAAAGGAAAAGGGUUACAUUUUUGCCAGGACUCAUGUUAUGUUACUAUGUUUUGAGUGACAGACAGAGCCUUAGGCACUGGUCACACGAUCCUUGGUAUUCCUUUGCUUGAGGAAUCAGCACAGAGAUGCAGCCUUUGACUAAAUGUUCAUCCAAGCGUGUGUGACUACAAUAAGCCCCUUCUCCAUUGAAGGGGGUGACAUGUUUGCAAUGUUAAAAAGUGAAGCGCAAGAGUUGUGACAUACAUUUUUCUGUGUUGCAAGUGACAUUCCUUUCACGCUGACAGGAUGUUGUCUUGUUAAUUAAUAGCUGUUUCUCUGUAAAGCCAGGGUGUCACUGAUACUCCUCUGGCUGGAAACCCAGGAAUAAUCUUGUGCGGUGAAAACAAAGGGACACUUUUUUUAUAUUCCUGUAAGUGCUUUCAUAGACUAAUCUUAAUUUGUACACUUUUAGCAUGGGAGCUGGUCUAAACAUCCCACAAAAAAGGAAGAGCAUCCUUAAUUAAUCCAAAUAUAUAAUCACUGGUUGUUGUGUGUUAAGUGAUGCUAGCUGUUUUGAAGAAGCUAUUUUCUAUAGUUGUGUAUUAGACAGACAGGUGAAGCUGUAUGGACUCUGCAGCUUGGUCAGAUCAGAUGACACUGCCAAACUGUUUUAUCUACUACUUUGUUCGACUCACUUCUGCUUCGAUCAAUUGUACACAAAACACUGGUGUAGGUACUAGGAAGAUGUCACUGAGCUCAGACUGAUUUUCUCUUGAAGGAAGGAAGGAAGGUGUAUAGACGGGAGAAGCCCUCUGUUUUUGUUCCCCCUUGAGCUGUGGGAAUUCUUGUUUUACAUAAUGUCACUUGGCUCUGAAUGUUCAACCAAAACCUCACCAUGGGGGUUACCAUCAUCUAGCUUUUACCUAAUCUUAUCUAAUGGCUUGGGUUGGGAGGGGCGUGUGAAACAGUAUGAAAUAAUUGUAAAUGCAUAGUGUUUAUGUAUGCAGAUUGACAUAUGUGAGUGAGAUUUUGUAAAAGUAUUAUCCCUAAUUUCAAUAAAAUUGGUCAGUAUACACUACA